AUGUCGAUUGCGAUGGAUAAGGCGAUGUUGGCGUUAUCUCUAGAGGAAGAAGACGAACCCUUUCAGAUGCCAAAUCUUCCUCAAUUCAAAUCUUCUGAAAGAAAUUCGCGAAGUUUAAUUGGAAGGAUUUUGAAUCCGGAUUGUCAGAAGGUUUCAACGGUUAUCCUUGAUAUGCCGCGGCAGUGGCAGAAACAAGGGAAAGUUCGUGGUGUAGCUCUAUCGAGAGAACGGUUCCAGUUUAUAUUUGAUCAUGAGCAUGAUCUGUUGGAGGUCUUGGAGAAAGGGGUACAUACUUCUAAUGAUUGGACUCUGGCCUUGGAUCGAUGGAUGGAGUUUCCUCCACCUGAUUAUCUUCAGUAUAUCUUAGUCUGGGUUCGAAUCCGGAAUAUACCUGUCAAUUAUUAUACAGAGGAGGCUAUUACAGCUCUGGGAGAAUUAGCGGGAGAAGUGAAGGUAGUAGCUUUUGAUCCUGACAAACCCCAACGAGAAGAUUAUGUUAGGGUUCAAGUUCGUUUGAAUGUCUCAAGACCGCUGAGAACGUCUAAAGUUGUUAAUCUUCCGGAAGGGGGAACAUCGGUGGUUUGUUACAGCUAUGAAAGAAUCAGGAAACGAUGCUUUGAGUGUCAGAGCUUGAACCAUGAAAAGCAAGUCUGUCCUGUUAUAGUUGGAAGAAGAAGAGAUCAAUCAAACGAAAGAAGGGCUAAGGCUAUGGAGGACAGGGAGAUGGUUCAGCCUGUGCUGAAAGAAGGUGAUCCUCUUUUUGGGGUUCUAAGGGAAGAGCAGGUUGGGUUUUGUAAGCUAACUGGUAGAUGGAAGAUUUCUCCAGAAGUUUUAGAAGAAAUGCGAAGAUAUCUGUUAUCAUCAUCUGAAGCUGAUAAGUUGGUGAGAAUUGAAAGGGUUAGAACGUCUGUAGCUCAAGCUGAAAGUAACCCAAUAUCCCAAAAGACAGUUCUUCGUCUGGAAGAAGCUCCCGUGUUUACAAAGCAGUUAGACAAAGGAAAAGGAAUAGUGUUUGAUUUUGAUCUUAACUCUCCAGGGGAUGCGUCACAAAAGGUUGUGAACCCUUCAGAAAAGCUAAUGGCGUCAGCUUUUAAGGCAGGUAGUAAGGGCAGUGCUUUUGAAAGAUUGGGCGACCUAAGUUUGGGGGAUAUGGGUGAUAAAAGGAGGGUUGAGGAAAGGCCUAUGGAUUAUGCUCCUGCUCCUUUUUCCUUGGAGUCUGGAGGCGAGACUUCUCAGUCUAAAAGUGAUGUUGCAGACUCUACGGAAUAUGAUGCUUGUCUUUUGACUAGAUCAUCCGGGGUUUGUCAACAGAAACAAAAAGUGAGAAGAAGACCCUAUAUAAGGAAAAGGCAGGAGCAGAAAGCCAAAACCUCGUCAGUUCUGAAUGUUUUGUAUGGAGAAGGAUCGAGAAGUGAGAAGAUAGGGAGCAAGAGGAAGGUAUUAGUGGAGGAUGAUCGUGGAUACAAAACUGCAAAGCUAAAGGAAUCAAGGGUGAUCCCGAAUGAGGGAUCGCCGCAGCCAAGAUGA